AUGCCAUCCUCUACUGCCCUUACAACGAAGGUGGCUUCAGGGUCACCGUAUCAGCUGGAUAAGCCCCAGGUCGCCAAAGCUUCCUCCGCACUGCUGCGCCAUAUCAAGUCAAACCAGGAAGAGAAGGAAAAGUCCGCAACCAAGAAGACUCUGAUUGGCGAUAAUGACUCCGAUGAUGAGGAGACACCCAUCAACAAUGAAGCCGUUUGGCUCAUCCUCACCACCAAGAAGCACGUGGUAGACAAGAACCGCCUGAAGCCUGGAAAGAUCAGCCUCCCGCACUCCCUCAAUUCGUCGCCGUCGCUCAGUGUCUGUCUCAUCACUGCUGACCCACAGCGUGGUGUCAAGGACAUCGUCGCCGAUCCCUCCUUCCCCAAAGAACUUUCUUCGCGCAUCGAAAAGGUUAUCGGUUUCAGCAAGCUGAAGGCUCGCUACCAGAGUUUCGAGAGCCGCCGCCAACUGCUUGCUGAGCACGAUGUUUUCCUUGCCGACGAUCGCAUCAUCACCCGCCUGGUCAACACCCUUGGAAAGGUCUUCUACAAGUCGAGCAAGCGACCAAUUCCCAUUCGCAUUGCAGAGAUCGAGAAGGUUGACGGAAAGCGGGUCAAGAAGGACCCGAAGAACAAGCCCACUAAGGAAGACAAGAGCGCCGCAUUUGCCGCUCCUCUGAUCGUCGCAAAGGAGAUCGAGCGCACCUUGAGCUGCGCCUCCGUGCAGCUUGCGCCCUCCACUACUGCCGCCAUCCGCGUUGGUUCUUCCAAGUUCACUGCCGACCAAUUGUCCGAAAACAUUGCCGCCGUUGUCAAGGGUAUGACCGAGAAGUUCGUCGCAAAGGGCUGGAAAAACAUGAAGGCCAUUCACGUCAAGGGCGCCAACACCAUGGCAAUGCCUAUCUGGCUGGCCAGUGAGCUGUGGGUGGAGGAUGCUGAUGUGGUGGAGGAGACCCCCGAACUCGAGGGCGCCAAGAACAGCAAGAAGCGCAAGUCCAUUGGCGAGGAGAAGACCAUUGAGGCUAAGAAGACUAAGAAAUCCAAGUCUGCGGAAGACGAGGAGGAGGCUUCGUCGGGAGCGGCGCGGAAAGAGAAGCUCCAGCAGCUCAAGGCCAAGGCCCUUGAGGAUGGAGAGCCCGUUGCCACACCCAAGGCGGACAAGAAGAAGAGAAAGUCAACCUCAUGA